AUCUACAGAAAGAGAAGAAGAAUAAUCAUUCUCNNNNCAAGAACGGUUUGGUUUACCGAAGUUAUGUCCCUGUUGAUGUUGGCUAUCGGGUUACUGUUCCUAUUCCUCGACGAUCCAAACGAGGUCGUCUUAUUGCCGACAUUCACGAGGAGUUCAAUCAUGCAGGAGCUCCCAAGAUACGACACGAGCUGUCCAAGCAUUACUACUGGCCAGCUAUGGAUAAGGAUGUCUACUCACAUCUAUCUUCAUGUGCUGCGAAGCAUCCCCACACGGGUUCUUUGACCCGUCAUCUCAACAAGCCAUUGGAGCGUCUAUACUUCGACGUCACACAUCCCCAUGCUCAACUCGGCCCGGUUCUUACCAUUAUUGAUGGUUUCUCACGAUUUGCCUUCGCCUUCGAACUGAAGGGCGGGGAAAAUACUGACAGCGUUCUGAAGGCCUUCGAACUGUACUUCACUCUCUGUCCAUUGCCUAAGGAAGUCUAUUGCUCCAGAGGUUCUUCCAAGAGCGAGAGGUCAUCCAAAAGUACUCUAUCCCUAAUCAGCCAGAGACUAAUGGGGCUAUAG